AAUGGUGACAAAUGAAUGUACGCGCAAGGGUAGUAGGAGGGAUAUGUAGCCUAUUUAUUAUUUGAUAUCCCUACAAUCGGAACAGAUGUUGUGUUAUUGACGUCAUGGAAUAAUUGCAUUUAAACGAGCUCGCAGUUUGCUCAGGUGUAAUCCACGUGUUAAGAGAAUCAAAAAAAAAAAUAGAGGAAAACUAUUCGCCUCACAAUUACACAAGUAUUGUCCUUCUACGCAACUGGCUGAGUAGAUCCUCAUUUUUUGUUUCGUAAUAUGAAACUGUUUUUGCGCUACAGUUUGGAACUGUUAGUUUCUUUUGUCCUCUUGCAAUUUUUUCAUUCUACUUCAUGGUUUUCUCCCGACCAUCAAUCUAGUAUACUUUCAAAUCAAUUAAUUAAGUUCUAUCGAAGUGGGCAAUCUAAUCUUUCUUUCAAUACAGUUAUGGAACCCUAUGACACAAUUCGCGAUGAUUUGGCAAGAGAAAUGUUCACCAAAAUAAGAGUUUUGUGCUGGAUCAUGACUGCGCCGAGGAACCAUUGGAAGAAAGCCCGCCACGUCAAAAAUACGUGGGGAAAAAGAUGCAAUAAGUUAGUCUUCGUUAGCACGGAAACAGACAAUAGAUUGCCAACCGUCAAGAUAGCCGCUGUCGAAGGUUAUGAUAACUUGUGGGGAAAGACAAGAGAAGCCUUUCGCUACGUCUGGGAACAUUAUCGCGAGGAAGCUGAUUGGUUCCUAAAAGCUGAUGACGACUCGUUCGUCAUUUUGGAAAAUCUUCGUUAUUAUCUGUCCAUAUUCAAUACGUCCGAUCCUUUGUACUUUGGUCACAAGUUCAAGGCUUAUAUAAAAAGCGGCUACAUGCAAGGCGGAUCAGGUUAUAUAAAAUUUUCGAGGGACUUAGCACAGGUGUUAUACAACCUUGUAAUGAAAAUAGGCUACGUAUUGAGCAAAGAGGCCCUGAGAAGAUUUGUUGAAAUUGGACUAGAGGACCCAACAAAAUGCAGUGCUACUGAAUGGCCAGAGGAUGUUGAAAUCGGUCGUUGUAUGGAAAAUAUGAAAUGCGAAGGGAUGGAUACCAGAGACUCCUAUGGGAGAAAUAGGUUCCUACCAGUUUCUCUCCCCAUCCAUUUAACUUUGGGUAUAGUAGAGGAUACGUGGUUAUGGGACAUGCAUCCUUCUUACUAUCCAAUUCAAGGUGGUUUUGACUGCUGUUCAGACACAGCAAUUGGUUUCCAUCAGUUAACUGCAAGUGACAUGUAUCUGUAUGAUUAUCUGAUUUAUCGAGUGAACCCAUACGGCGUGAAAGACGUUCGUUUGGAAAUUCAAUUUAGACCUCAUACGCCCCCUGAUGUUGAGUUGCAGGAACCACCGUAUCCAGGUCCAUCUGCGGCAGAUCGCAUCUGGUUGAAGGAAUUGAGAAAUCGUGAACGAUCUGAACUUGAAAGAUUUGGCCAAACUGAAUCGAAAUAUUACUCCGAAGAAAAUUUUCAAGACGACCACAAAUAGCAUUUUUUUUUCAGUUAUUAUUUUUUAUUGUUUCAACACCCUAAGAAUUUAUAACUCGCUUAUCUCAUGAAUAUUUCUGUGUCUUAUCACUGGUUUGUUAAAUGGCUUGGGUAUAAAGCUGCGUUUUCCAAAAUAGUCCUGUAU